UAGUAUUUUAGUAUUUCCUUAUCAACACGACAUCAGCAGCAGCAGCAGUAGGAGCAGCGACGACCAUUGUCAGUGCUAGCAGCAGCAGCAACAUCAGGUGCCGCACUAGUGUCGGUACUUAGCAGCAGCAGCAGCACUAGUGUUUUCACUAGUGACAACAACAGCAGCAGCAGUUUACAAAAAAAAGCCUAUAAAAGCAAGCACCAGCAAUAUCGACUCUGCCACCACCUUCAACUACUUUCCAUCACUCAACAACCAGUGUACCGAGAAAGCCAAAAAAAAAAAAAAAAAACAACUAUUAACACUACUAAAAACACUCCUACUAAAGUAGUGUUUGUUUUAGGAGUCGUGGUGGUGGCGGCGAAGAAGAAGACAGUGACGACGACGACGGCGACGUAGCAAGCAAAGCAAGCAAGCAAGCAAGCAAGCAGCAGCAGCAGCCAGAAGAAGAAGAAGAAGACGGCUACCAGGACGAAGUAAUAGGAGCUCGUGUCGCUCCCUUCUUCAGCUGUUGCCAACCGCCAUAUUUUAUUUUAUCUCUUUAUCCUUUCUGUUGUCGUCGACGUUUUUAUGUCAUUGCAUCAAGACGAGUUAUCAUUGUGCCUAUUGAGCACGAGAACUAAGUGUUCGACCAGAAGUAAAUCCGAUCAAGGUUUUAUGAAUUUCUCCACGGUUUGGAGCCAUUGGCGCUAUCCUGAUAGUAGCAUCCAUCGUAAACAUAAGUGUCACAAAAAUCAAUCGGAAUGGCUUGCGUUAACGUCAACACCAAUGUGUCUGACCAGUUUUAUCGCUAUAAGAUGCCUCGUCUCAUAGCAAAAGUAGAAGGGAAAGGAAAUGGUAUUAAAACAGUUGUUGUCAACAUGCCAGAGAUUGCCAAAGCUCUCUCAAGGCCCCCAAAAUAUCCUACCAAGUAUUUUGGCUGUGAACUUGGCGCCCAAACACAAUUUGACUUGAAAAAUGAUCGCUACAUUGUUAAUGGUGCACAUGAAGCUAUUAAGCUGCAGGGAUUACUUGAUGGAUUCAUUAAGAAAUUUGUGCUUUGUCCACAAUGCUCUAAUCCAGAGACCAAUUUGGUUAUUUUAUCCAGAAAGCAGCUUAUCUUGCAACGUUGUAUUGCAUGUGGAUACCAAGGUCCCGUUGAUAUGAAUCAUAAGCUUACUACAUUUAUCUUGAAAAACCCACCUGAUCAGGAUAAUCAAGCUCAAGCAACAUCUAAAAGCAAAAAGUCAAAGAAGUCAAAGAAACAAGAGAGUGUGAAUGGUGAUUGUAACAGCCCUGAAGCUAAUGCACAAGAACAAAUGGCUGCUCAGCGUGCAAGUGGAGGAGAUAUUCUGGCACCUCCUGAGGCCCAAGAUGCUGGUGAUGAUGAUGAUUGGACUGAAGAUUUUAGUGAAGCAGCUGUCAGGGAACGUAUGAGAGAUUUGACAUCGGCAGCCAAAGGGCUUACCUUAACAGAUGAUCUUGAAAAGACACAAGAAGAAAGAAUGAACAUUCUCUACAACUUUAUCAAACAAAAGCAUGAAUCUAAAACCCUUGCUGGUGCUGACAAAGAUAUCCUUGCUGAAGCUGAACGUCUUGAGAUCAAAGAGAAAUGUCCUACAAUCCUGGUUGAAUUGCUUUUUAAUGCAGACAUUUUAAAACAAAUUAAGGAACACAAGAAACUCCUCUUAAGGUUUUGCAAUGAUAGUCCAAAAGCCCAAAAAUAUCUGUUGUCUGGUAUUGAAAUUCUUGUUGGUAAAAUCCACAAGGAUGUUCUUAUGUCAAAGGUUCCACAUAUAUUAAAGACACUGUAUGAUGAAGAUAUACUGGAUGAAGAUGUGAUACUAAAAUGGGCUGCUAAGCCAACUAAGAAUCAUGUGUCCAAGUCAGUGGCUGAGGACAUCAGGGAGAAAGCAAAGCCAUUUAUCAAGUGGUUGGAAGAAGCUGAAGUUGAAGACUCUGAUAAAGAUGGGUCUGAUGAUGAAGAGAUUGCCUAUUCUCCUACUGAGGUAGUUUCUAUGUCUGAACCAAAGAAUGAGGAUGAUGAUGAUGAGAGUGGAGCAGAUAUUGAUAUUGAUGCCAUUUGAAAUCUUCUGGUCAUUGCUUACUUAGAACAUUUUAAAAUUUGUUUCUGAGAAUAUUUUGUGCAGAUACUAAUUUUUUCAGGUCGAGUAACUUAUGAUAAAAGCAUGCCAAAGAAAACUAAAUACAUUGACAAAAAGUCUACAUUUUGUAAGGCUUUCAAUGAAGAGAAUGCGAACUGCACCAGUUUAUUAAUAAAGGGCGUAGGUAAUAAUUAUACUAAUCACAUUUUCAUUUGGUGCAUAUUUUUAAUUUUAAGGAUAAUGUGCGAGGGUUAUUCCCAAGUUAAAUUUUCAUUUAGUGUAUUAAUUUUUUCUCUAAUUUAAAAAUAUGGAUAUUGUUGUUAUUUUUUGGCUAUUCUAGAAAUGUUUGUUGUUGGAUAGAGCUCUUCAUUAAAAUCGACAUAUAUUAAAACAUUAACUAUAAUUUUAGCAGCGAACUAGAUUUUUAAAUGCGUCAAGAGCCCUAACAAUUACUGCUUCCAUUUCAUUUUGACAAAUGUUCUUUGCUAAUAUUGUCUCUACAGGUUGUGAACAUGUAUAUUGGUAAGACCUGUUGACUCCUACGAAUAAAAUAUUACAUAUUGUA